AACUGAAAAUAGUUAUUUCCGGAAGUAAUAUUCAGUGCAUAUACUAUUCGCGCAAUGACGUAAUAUUUAAACCAUAAAAUAUUAUAAAACAGACCAUCCGUAUCAUCACAUGUGUAUUCGUCAUUGUAUAAAAAUAAUUUAAAGAACGUAGAAAAUAAUUUAAAAUCAAUGAAAAAUACUGUUUCCGAAAACGACACGUAUUUUGUACAUGAAAUACAAUGUGCAUAUCGUUUGACUGCAGAAAAUGAAAAACCAGCAUCGAAGGAAGUUGUCCUUUCUGCAGCAAAACAGUUCUUGAACUUUGUCAAUAAAACACCAUCCCCAUAUCAUGCUGUAGAAGAGGUAAAGACCAGACUGUUGGCGGCAGGCUUCCGUGAACUGCGGGAGGCAGACAGCUGGGAUCUGAAGCCAAAAGAUAAAUGCUUCGUGACCAAGAACCAGUCUACCAUUAUUGCCUUUGCAGUGGGAGGACAGUUCAAGCCUGGAAAUGGAUUCAGCAUAAUAGGGGCUCAUACAGACAGCCCCUGCUUGAAGGUGAAGCCAGUCUCGAAGGUGAACAGGUGUGGUUUUCACCUGGUGGGUGUGGAGUGUUAUGGCGGGGGUAUCUGGCACACCUGGUUUGACCGUGACCUUGGUGUUGGAGGUCGUGUCCUUGUCAAGAAUGGAGGUAGGAUUGAGCACAGACUGGUGAACAUCGAGAGACCCAUCCUGCGUGUGCCCAACAUUGCAAUCCAUCUCAUGAGGGACAUGAAUGAGAAGUUCUCGCCUAAUAAAGAAUCCAAUCUAAUCCCAGUGUUGGCGACGACUGUACAAUCCCAACUGAACGGUGGAGGUGGGAGCUGUGAUGCGUCCAAAACUGAAGAAAGCAAAUCAGCUAAUCAGAGUGAUAAGCACCAGGCGCUGCUGGUCCAGCUGUUGUGUGGGGAACUACAGGUGAAGCCAGAACAGCUGCUCGACUUUGACCUUCACCUUGCAGACACUCAACCUGCUGUGAUUGGAGGAGUUCUGGAUGAGUUCAUCUUUUCUCCAAGACUGGACAACCUGCUCAAUGCAUACACUUCAACUGUGGGCCUGAUCAACUCCUGCACCGGUCCCAGUCUGGAUGCUGACCCUAACGUGAGGAUGAUCAGUCUAUUCGACAAUGAAGAGGUCGGGUCGGAGAGUGCCCAGGGAGCAGCCUCGAGCUUUCAGGAGUACGUGCUGCGCCGUAUCAGCACUGGAGGGUCCCAGACCGCGUUUGAGGAGGCUAUUGCCAAGUCCUACAUGAUCAGUGCUGACCAGGCUCACGCUCUUCACCCCAACUACAGCGAUAAGCACGAGAGCAAUCACCAGCCCGGCCUACACAAGGGUAUUGUGGUGAAGAUUAACAGUAACCAGAGGUACACCUCAACAGCAAUCACCAUGGCGAUACUGCGGGAGAUAGCGGGAAAGGCUGAGGUACCAUUGCAGGAUUUCAUGGUGAAAAACGACUCUCCCUGUGGUUCCACCAUCGGACCAAUCAUGUCUGCCAAGCUCGGAAUGGCAACAGUUGAUAUUGGGGCUCCAAUGUUGAGCAUGCACUCUAUCCGAGAGAUGUGUUGUACAUCAAGCGUGCUACAGGCAGAAACACUCUUCAAGAACUUCUUUGAGCACUACCCUGAAGUGUUCAAGUCUCUGAACUUCUGAACAAGUCAUGGACAACCUCGAGCCAGCCUUGCAACUUGGAUUUCUGUUUGGCAAAAGGAUUUAUAUUGUACUUACUGUGACCAGUCUUUUCCUGUGUAUGUGUUUGUUUUAUUUAUUGUUUAAUAUUAGUUUUUGUAUCAAAUAUUUGCAAUACUAAAAAAAAAUGUUUUCAAAAUGUGUGUAAUUUCACAUUCUUUUGGCGUAUACACUAUUUGCUAUGUUUUUGAAUCAUUUAAAUUAUCUACUUCAUUCGUAUUGAAGCAUAUAUAAAUGUGCCACUCUCUGGAAAAAAAUGUGCUUUAUGCAUGUGUGUAAAGUAAUGUACCCAGAUUAGCCUUUGCUUAUGCUAUACUUUUGGCCUAGACUGGAUUUUCGUUAAGAAGAUUCUUAUUUUCAACAAAAAAGUCUAUAGAAGCGGAAAGUGUCAACACUGAUUACUUGUGCAGACUGCACAGGCUAAUCAGGGACGGUACUUUACUCGCAUGUAUUACGGCUGGAGCAGACUGCGCAGGUUAAUCAGGGACAGUACUUUACUCACAUGUAUUAUGCCUGGGGUAGACUGCGCAGGCUAAUCAGGGGCGGUACUUUACUCACAUGUAUUAUGCCUGGGGUAGACUGCGCAGGCUAAUCAGGGGCGGUACUUUACUCACAUGUAUUAUGCCUGGAGCAGACUGCGCAGGCUAAUCAGGGACAGUUCUUUACUCACAUGUAUUAUGCCUGGGGCAGACUGCGCAGGCUAAUCAGGGGCGGUACUUUACUCACAUGUAUUAUGCCUGGGGCAGAC